AUGCUAAUGUGCAUGCGCCCAGUAGCGGUCGCCUGUGUCUUCGUGGCUCUUGCAACGGUGGCAACUGUUCACGGCGCCAUCCAUUUCCAUGAGAAGUUCAGCAGCAUUGACCACUGGACAGCCUCAAAGGCACGCAGUGAUUACGGCAAAGUGGAGCUGUCUGCCGGCAAGUUCUACGCGGAUGCGGAGAAGAGCAAGGGCCUUCGACUUACGGAAGAUGCUCGCUUCUAUGCUCUCUCCACACCACUCCCCACUCCCAUCACAAACGAGAAGAAAGACUUCGUUGUUUCUUUCUCUGUGAAACAUGAGCAGGACCUCCGGUGCGGCGGCGGGUACAUUAAGCUCCUUCCACAGAUGGAUCCAGCUGAGCUCAAGGGGGAAACGAAGUAUUGGCUCAUGUUCGGACCUGACCGCUGCGGAUACGACAAGAAGAUUCACAUCAUCAUCAGCUACAACGGCGCAAACAGAGAGUGGAAGAAGCGCCCAAGCUACCCUGAUGACAGACUAACCCAUGUCUACACGCUGCACAUCACCCCCAGUAAUUCGUACGAGUUCUUCCUUGACGGCGUUUCGAAAGAAAAGGGAACCCUGGAGGCUGAUUGGGAUUUCCUCCCCGAAAAAGAAAUUGAUGACCCCGAAGACAAGAAACCCGCCGACUGGGUGGACGUGCCAACCAUCGACGACCCAGAAGACAAAAAGCCGGAGGACUGGGACAGCGAACCGGAAAAAAUUGUCGACCCCGAGGCGAAGAAACCAGAAGACUGGAACGAUGCUGAGGACGGUGCAUGGGAGGCCCCUAUGAUAUCAAACCCAAAGUCGAAGGGCCCGUGGGCACCCCGUAAGAUCCCGAACCCGGCUUACAAGGGUCCAUGGGCGCCACGCAGGAUCCCCAAUCCAGCGUAUAAGAAUGAUGAGGAACUUUACAAAAUUCCUGAGCCUCUCACACAUGUUGGCAUUGACGUGUGGCAAGUGGAAUCCGGCAGUAUCUUCAAGGACAUUAUCAUCGGCGAUGAUGUGAAGGAGGUGCUGGACAUUGUGAAGAGCACUUAUGAUGGCAUGAAGAAAGCAGAAGAGGAUGCCCUCGCAGCCUUCGAGAAGAAGGAAGAACAAGACGAAAAGGAGGAAGACAAGAAGGAAACCGACGGGGAAGAGGACAAAAAGAAGAAGGAGGAUAAGUCAGACUUGUAG